AAAAAUAUAAAACCGCGGACCAAAAUCUUAAAAUCUAAACCGAGUGUACCGGCUGGAGCUAUAUAUAAUCUUUCAUAGGAGAAGAAGUACUCGUCGUUUUUGUAUCUUGCUCUGCACGCCAGGCCAGUGUUACAUGCAUUUUGUUAUCUUUCAUCUCUCUCGGGCAGGUUAAGCUCUUCAGUACCAGCUUCAAACAUGGCCUUUCAAUACUUGGAAGCAGUUGUUGGUUUCAUGAUCUUCAUGUACUUUGUCGAGACAUACCUUGAUUUGAGGCAACAUGCAGCUCUUAAGCUUCCGCAGCUGCCUAAGCCUUUAGAAGGUGUGGUGAGCAAAGAGAAGUUUGAAAAGUCUAGGGCCUAUAGCAUCGACAAGAGUCGCUUUCACUUUGUCCAUGCUGCAGUGACAAUCAUUGCGGACUCUUUAAUUUUACUUUUUAGAGUGCUACCAUGGGUUUGGCAGAAAUCAGAAGUUGUAGUUUUAAAGUUAGGGUUGGAUCCUCAAAAUGAAAUCAUUCAUACGUUGGGAUUUUUGGCAGCUAUUACUCUGUGGUCUCAGUUUAUAGAUCUUCCCUUCUCAUUGUAUUCAACUUUCGUCAUUGAGUCUCGACAUGGGUUUAAUAAACAAACAAUUUUGCUAUUUUUUAGAGACAUGCUCGUUAGUUUGGGUCUUAUGGUUUUGCUUGGACCACCAAUUGUUGCUGCCAUUAUCAUAAUUGUCCAGAAAGGAGGUCCAUACUUAGCAAUCUACCUCUGGGCAUUUAUGCUGGUUUUAUCAAUUGUGAUGAUGUCUUUAUACCCAGUUCUUAUUGCUCCACUCUUCAAUAAAUUCACUCCUCUUCCGGAAGGAGAGCUCAGGUCAAAUAUUGAGAAGCUAGCAUCAUCUCUAAAAUUUCCAUUGCGGAAGCUCUUUGUAAUUGAUGGAUCAACAAGAUCGAGUCAUAGCAAUGCGUACAUGUAUGGUUUUUACAAUAGCAAGCGGAUUGUGAUAUACGACACCUUGAUUCAACAGUGCAAGAAUGAGGGGGAAGUGGUUGCUGUCAUUGCUCAUGAACUGGGGCAUUGGAAGCUCAAUCAUACAAUGUAUUCCUUUAUAGCAAUGCAGGUUCUUACACUUCUGCAAUUUGGUGGGUAUACUCUUGUUCGGAACUCAAAUGACCUUUUCCUAAGUUUUGGCUUUGAAACACAGCCUGUUCUUAUUGGGCUUCUAGUUUUUCAGCAUACAAUAAUGCCUAUACAUCAUCUCGUGAGUUUUGCUCUCAAUCUUGUUAGUCGUGCUUUUGAGUUCCAGGCUGAUGCCUUUGCAAAGUUUCUUGGGUAUGGUGCUCCUCUUCGAGCAGGACUGAUUAAAUUGCAGGAGGAGAAUUUGUCGGCAAUGAACACUGAUCCCUGGUAUUCUGCAUAUCAUUAUUCUCACCCCCCUCUUGUAGAGAGGCUUGCUGCACUUGAUGAGUCUGAUAAAAAGGAGAAAUAGCACCAUUUUGUAAAGUUUGUAUUACAUUAGUUUGAUUCAUCAGUAACUGCAAUGCAUCCAAUAUUUGCAUAUUGGAUGCCCGAACAUCUUGAUGCCAAUUUUGAUGAACUACAGAAGGCUGUUCGAUGAACAAAUCAAUAUCUCUGUGGCUAUGAUAACAUUAUAUAAUUGUCUGCCUUCGUGUUUAUGUGGAGCUGCAUGUUAAUGGGAAGUUAUAAUAUCAUUAAUGUUUUGGAUCA